AUGUCUCAGGUGAGGCGGAGGAAUAAGAAAAAUAAAUCAAUUUUCAGACAAAAAGCUGGGACGAUAUUUGAGGAAACCAAGAAACUGAAUGAGAAGCUGCGUGCUAAUCUAGAGCCUGAAAUAACACUCGGGGCGGGGGGGGGAGGGGCGAGCAGAUUCCAAAAUGUGCCUGUGAUAAACCAGUCUGAAGUCUCCUGGGCUGCUUUGAGGAUGUUCACAAUUCUCAAGCAAUUUGGUGGUCGUAGCACCUCCACCCUCCGCUUGCUUCUCUACUUUCUGUGCCUUCCAGCACAACGCUUCGGCAGCAUCAUUGGCCGCUUUAGGCAAACGAGCGUUGGAAAGGCACUAAACGUCUUCAAGGUGCUGGAGGAGCAGCCGGCCGGUACCGGGGUGGGCACCAUCGCCACCCGGCCCGGCUUCACCUACCGCCUGAGCGAGCACCAUGCUCUCUUCUCCAUCAACGCCACCUCGGGCGCCCUGCACACCCGCGCCACCAUCGACCGCGAAAGCCUGGCCAGCGACGUGGUGGACCUGGUGGUGCUCUCCAGCCAGCCCACCUACCCCAGCGAGGUGCGGGUCCUGGUGUUGGACCUCAACGACAACGCGCCCGUCUUCCCCGACCCCUCCAUCGUGGUGACUUUCAAGGAGGACACGGGCAGCGGGCGCCAGCUUAUCCUGGACACGGCCACCGAUGCCGACAGCGGCACGAAUGGCGUAGACCAUGGCUCCUAUCGCAUCGUGGCCGGCAAUGAGGAGGGCCGGUUCCGGCUCAACAUCACCCUCAACCCCAGCGGUGAAGGAGCUUUCUUGCACCUGGUUUCCCGGGGUGGGCUGGACCGGGAGGCCACCCCCACCUACCAGCUGUUGGUGCAAGUGGAGGACAAGGGCGAGCCCCGGCGGCGGGGGUACCUUCAAGUCAACGUCACCGUCCAGGACAUCAAUGACAACCCACCCAUCUUCAGCCAGACUCUUUACCAGGCGCGAGUGCCUGAGGAUGCGCCGGUUGGGGCCAGCGUUCUCCAGGUGGCUGCAGCUGAUGCUGAUGAAGGCACCAAUGCUGACAUCCGCUACCGCCUGGAAGGAGGUGAUGGCGGCGGUGGUGGGGAGGGGGCUGGCAGCCUUCCGUUUGAGGUGGACCCUGAGAGCGGGGUGAUCCGCAUCCGGGAGCGCUUGGACUACGAGAUGCGACAGCAGUACUCGCUGACGGUGCAGGCCAUGGACCGAGGGGUGCCGGCACUGAGUGGCCGGGCUGAGGCCCUCAUCCGCCUGCUCGAUGUCAACGACAACGAGCCCCGGGUGAAGUUUCGCUAUUUCCCAGCCACCUCCCGCUUUGCCUCUGUGGAUGAGAACGCAGCCCCCGGCACGGUGGUGGCCCUGCUGACGGUGAGCGAUGCUGACUCCCCUGCGGCCAACGGGAACAUCUCUGUGUCGAUCCUGGCGGGAAACGAGCAGCGGCACUUUGAGGUGCACAGCAGCAAGGUACCCAAUCUCAGCCUUAUAAAGGUAGCAGCUGCGUUGGACCGGGAGCGCAUCCCGGCCUAUAACCUUACGGUGGCGGUAGCUGAUAACUACGGGGCCCUGCCGCCACCCUCAGGCUCCCCAACUUCUUCCCUUUCCCCCGAUGGGGUGGUGGCAGCUCCCGUGAGCCGUUCGUCAGUAGCUAGCCUGGUGAUCUUUGUGAAUGACAUUAACGACCACCCCCCUGUCUUCGGGCAGUCGGUCUACAGGGUGAACAUCAGUGAGGAGGUGCCCCUGGGCAGUUACGUGCGGGGCCUGAGUGCCACGGACCGUGACUCGGGCCUCAACGCCAACCUCAAAUAUAGCAUCGUCUCGGGUAACGAGCUUGGCUGGUUUCGCAUCAGCGAGCACAGCGGGCUGGUCACCACGGCCGGCCCCGAGGGGAACACCACUGGGCAUGCUGCAGGCACGUCCGUCUCCAGUGGGCUGGACCGGGAGACUGCUUCUCAGGUGGUGCUCAACAUCAGUGCCCGCGACCAGGGGGUGCAGCCCAAGUUCUCCUAUGCACAGCUGGUGGUGACCAUCCUGGAUGUCAAUGACAACAAACCUCGCUUCAGUCAACCUGAGGGCUACCAGGUGUCCCUGGCUGAAAACUCCCCGUCAGGAACUGAGCUGCUGGUCCUGAGCGCCACAGAUGGGGACCUGGGGGACAAUGGGACUGUCCGCUUCUCCCUGCAGGAAGCUGAGCCGACGCUGGCAGCGGUUGGCCCCUCCUCGGUCACCCCUCGCCGGAUCUUUCGCUUGGAUCCCGUGUCGGGCAAGCUCAGCACCAUCUCGCAGCUGGACCGGGAGGAGCAGGCUCACUUCUCCCUGCAGGUCCUGGCCACUGAUUUAGGCUCUCCUCCCCUUUCUUCGAUGGCCCGAGUUAACGUGAGUCUCCUGGAUGUAAAUGACAAUAGCCCCGUGUUUUACCCCGUUCAGUAUUUUGCCCAUAUCCAAGAGAAUGAGCCAGCUGGAACCUAUGUGACCACAGUGUCUGCCACGGACCCUGAUCUGGGACCCAAUGGGACGGUCAAGUACAGCAUCUCGGCUGGAGACACCUCCAGGUUUCAGGUCCAUGGCCAGACAGGGGUCAUCACAACAAAAAUAGCCCUUGACAGGGAGGAGAAAACUGCUUACCAGUUGCAGAUCGUGGCCACCGAUGGUGGCCAUCUUCAGUCACAGAACCAAGCCAUUGUCACCAUCACUGUCUUGGACACCCAGGACAAUCCACCUGUUUUCAGCCAGGGCAUGUACAGUUUUGUUGUCUUUGAAAAUGUUGCCCUAGGUUACCACGUAGGUACUGUUUUUGCUUCCACCAUGGACCUCAACACCAACAUCAGUUACCUUAUUACGACAGGUGACCAAAGGGGCAUGUUUGCCAUCAACAGAGUGACGGGGCAGAUCACCACAGCCAGUAUUAUUGACAGGGAGGAGCAAGCGUUUUACCAGCUGAAGGUGGUGGCUAGUGGUGGGGCGAUAACUGGAGAUGCCGUGGUCAAUAUAACUGUCAAAGAUUUAAAUGACAAUUCCCCACACUUCGUUCACGCGGUGGAAAGCGUAAAUGUGGUUGAAAACUGGAAAGCUGGGCACACUAUAUUCCAGGCCAAAGCUCUUGAUCCUGAUGAAGGUGUUAAUGGCGUGGUCCUUUACAGCCUUAAGCAAAACCCGAAGGGCUUGUUUUCCAUCAAUGAACAAACAGGUGCCAUAAGCUUAAUAGGGCCACUUGACAUAAAUGCUGGGUCUUACCAGGUUGAAAUCCUGGCCUCGGAUAUGGGGGUGCCGCAGCUCUCCUCUAACUUUAUCCUGACUGUCUCGGUCCAUGAUGUAAAUGAUAACCCGCCAGUGUUUGACCAGCUUUCCUAUGAAAUUACUAUUUUGGAGUCGGAGCCUGUGAAUUCCAGGUUCUUUAAGGUGCGGGCUUCCGACAAAGACUCGGGAGUGAACGGUGAAAUAGCUUAUAGUAUAAUAGAAGGAAAUACUGGGGAUGCCUUUGGCAUCUUCCCAGACGGUCAGCUGUAUAUAAAGAGUGAACUGGACCGGGAACUUCAGGAAAGAUAUGUUUUACUGGUUGUUGCUUCUGAUAGAGCAGUAGAACCACUCAAUGCUACUGUGAACGUUACUGUAAUUCUGGAGGAUGUAAAUGAUAACAGGCCCCUGUUCAACAGUACCAACUAUGUGUUUUAUUUCGAAGAGGAGCAGAGAGGUGGAUCGUAUGUAGGUAAAAUAAAUGCUGUAGAUAAAGAUUUUGGGCCAAAUGGUGAAGUCAGGUACUCAUUUGAGCAUAUGCAGCCGGAUUUUGAGCUGAACACGGUGACUGGGGAAAUAAGAAGUACUCAUCAGUUUGACAGAGAAGCUCUUAUGAGACAAAGGGGAGCUGCAGUAUUUAGUCUUGCAGUAAUAGCAACAGAUCAGGGGUUGCCAAAACCUCUAAAGGAUCAGGCAACUGUGCAAAUCUACAUGAAAGACAUCAAUGAUAACGCCCCCAAAUUUUUGAAAGAUCUCUACCAAGCUACUAUAUCAGAAUUGGCAGCAAAUCUGACGCAGGUUCUGAGAGUUUCCGCCUCAGAUGUUGAUGAGGGGCUUAACGGAUUGAUUCACUACUCUGUAAUCAAGGGAAAUGAAGAAAAGCGGUUUGCCAUAGAUGGUAGCACAGGCCAAGUGACCUUAGUAGGCAGACUAGAUCACGAAGCUACUGCGUCGUAUGCGCUUGUCAUCCAAGCGGUAGACUCCGGAGCAGUUUCCCUAAGUUCAACUUGCAUGUUGAGCAUUGAUGUAUUGGAUGAAAAUGACAACAGUCCUUCCUUCCCUAAAUCAACCUUGUUAGUGGAUGUCUUGGAAAAUAUGAGAGUCGGUGAACUUGUGUCAUCUGUCACUGCCACCGAUUCCGAUUCAGGUGACAAUGCUGACCUGCACUAUAGCAUUACGGGGACAAACAAUCACGGGACCUUUAGCAUCAGUCCCAACACUGGUAGUAUUUUUCUUGCAAAGAAACUGGACUUUGAGACACAGUCUCUGUAUAAGCUAAAUAUAACAGCAAAAGACCAAGGAAGGCCACCACGGUCAUCUACAAUGUCAGUGGUGAUACACGUUAGGGAUUUUAAUGACAACCCUCCUAAUUUUCCUCCAGGGGACAUCUUUAAAUCUAUUGUUGAGAACGUUCCUGUUGGUAGCUCUGUCAUUUCUGUGACUGCUCACGAUCCAGAUGCGGAUAUUAAUGGGCAGCUAACGUAUGCAAUCAUUCAGCAGAUGCCAAGGGGUAAUCAUUUCCGUAUAGAUGAAGUGAGAGGGACAAUAUUUACCAAUGCUGAAAUAGAUCGCGAGUUUGCUAAUCUCUUUGAGUUAACAGUCAAAGCCACGGACCAGGCUGUUCCUCUGGAGUCCAGACGAUUUGCUUUGAAGAAUGUGACCAUUUUGGUGACGGAUCAAAAUGACAAUGUUCCCAUGUUCAUAUCGCAAAAUGCUCUUGCCGCCGACCCCUCGGUUGUGAUCGGUUCGAUCCUAACGACGAUUAUUGCUGCAGAUCCUGAUGAGGGCGCCAACGGAGAAGUAGAAUAUGAAAUAAUCAAUGGAGAUACCGAAACCUUCAUUGUGGAUCGCUACAGCGGAGAUUUAAGAGUAGCGUCAGCUUUGGUGCCUUCUCAGCUAAUAUACAAUCUCAUAGUUACUGCCACGGAUCUUGGCCCUGAAAGGAGAAAAUCCACCACCGAGAUGACUAUAAUUCUUCAAGGGGGUGACGGGCCUGUCUUCACUCAGCCGAAAUACAUAACCAUCUUAAAAGAAGGUGAGCCUAUCGGGACAAACGUCAUAUCUAUCGAAGCGGCGAGUCCACGGGGCUCCGAAGCUCAGGUGGAAUAUUACAUCGUUUCUGUCCGAUGCGAAGAUAAGAGUCUCGGGCGCCUCUUCACCAUCGGGCGCCAUACUGGUGUCAUCCAGACUGCUGCCAUUUUGGACAGGGAGCAAGGAGCGCGGCUCUACUUGGUGGAUGUUUACGCUAUUGAGAAGUCAUCUGUUUUGCCCCGCACGCAACGAGCAGAGGUGGAAAUAACACUUCAGGAUAUCAACGACAACCCACCGGUGUUCCCCACAGAUAUGCUUGAUCUGACUGUAGAAGAGAAUAUAGGAGAUGGAUCUAAAAUACUGCAGCUGACAGCCAUGGAUGCUGAUGAGGGAGCCAAUGCCCUCGUCACAUACACUAUUAUCAGCGGUGCGGAUGAUAGCUUCCACAUUGACCCCGAGUCAGGAGACCUGAUAGCCACCAAGCGCCUGGACCGGGAGCGCCGCUCCAAGUACUCCUUGCUGGUUCGUGCUGAUGACGGCCUCCAGUCCUCUGACAUGAGAAUAAACAUCACUGUUAGCGAUGUUAACGACCAUAUUCCCAAAUUCUCCAAGCCAGUGUAUUCCUUCGACAUCCCGGAAGAUGCCACUCCAGGUUCCUUAGUGGCAGCCAUUCUGGCCACUGACGAUGACUCCGGUAUCAAUGGGGAAAUCACGUACACCGUAAGUGAAGAUGACGAAGAGGGUAUCUUCUUCCUCAACCCUGUUACCGGAGUCUUCAACCUGACUCGCGCGCUGGACUAUGAAGCACAGCAGUAUUACAUUCUCACCGUCCGCGCGGAAGAUGGGGGAGGCCAAUUUACUACCAUCAGAGUGUACUUCAAUAUACUAGACAUCAAUGAUAACCCGCCAGUGUUCAGCAUGACCUCAUACAGCACGUCUUUGAUGGAGAACCUGUCUCCAGGAUCCGCUAUUUUCAACUUCAGCGUCACUGAUGCGGAUGAUGGCUCCAACUCGCAGCUGGCCUUCAGCAUCGCAUCCGGGGACAGCGCGGGGCAGUUCGGCAUCGACAACAGGGGAGUGCUGAGCAUCAGGCAGCCUUUGGACCGGGAAAGCCAGUCUUUCUACAGCCUCGUCGUGCAAGUCCACGACAUGGCCCCUCUCCCGGCCUCCAGGUACACAAGCACAGCCCAAGUUUCAAUUAUUCUGCUGGAUGUCAAUGACAGCCCUCCAAGCUUUAUCUCCCCGAAGCUGACCUACAUCCCGGAAAACACGCCGAUAGAUACUGUUGUGUUCAAAGCGCAGGCGACCGAUCCCGACAGCGGUCCGAACAGCUACAUCGAAUACAGUCUGCUCCGGCCGCCGGGAAACAAAUUCAGCAUCGGCACUAUUGACGGAGAAGUGAGGCUUACCGGGGAGCUCGACAGAGAAGCCGUGUCCAACUACACCUUGACUGUGGUAGCCACAGACAAGGGCCAGCCCUCCCUCUCUUCAUCUACAGAUGUGGUGGUUAUAGUCCUGGACAUUAAUGACAAUAACCCGCUUUUUGCCCAAAAGCUUUAUAAAGUAGAGGUGGGGGAAAAUACUUUGACAGGGACGGAUUUAAUCCAGGUGGUUGCUACGGAUGGAGAUGAAGGUACAAACGGGCAGGUCCGCUAUGCCAUCGUGAGCGGAGAUGCCAACAAUGAGUUUCGGAUUGAUUCUGUGACGGGGGUGAUAACAGUUGCCAAGCCUUUGGACAGAGAGAAAAAACCCUCUUAUACGCUGACUGUUCAGUCGGCCGACCGCGGGAGCAGCCCGAGGACCGACACCGCGACAGUCACUAUUAUUCUGAAGGAUGUCAAUGAUUAUAUUCCCACGUUUGAACUUUCUCCCUACUCUGUGAAUGUCCCUGAGAAUUUAGAGACGCUCCCGAAAGUUAUUCUUCAGGUUGUAGCAAGGGAUGAUGAUCAAGGCCUAAACAGCAAGCUUACUUAUGUGCUGGUGGCUGGAAACGAAGAAGGAGCCUUCACCCUCUCGGCCAGCGGAGAGCUGCGCUUGGUGCAGAGCCUGGACCGGGAGGCGAAGGAGCAGUACGUGCUACUCAUCACAGCUGCUGAUGCAGGGUCUCCUGCCCUCACUGGCACUGGAACCAUUGCUGUCACGGUGGAUGAUGUCAAUGACAAUGUCCCCACAUUCGCUUUUAACGUCUAUUCUGCCACGGUUCCGGAGGACGCACCUACGGGGACAGAUAUUUUGCUCGUAAACUCCUCAGAUGCUGAUGCUUCUACAAAUGCUGUUAUUAGCUAUAGGCUUACCGGUGGCAAUUCGCAGUUCACAAUCAAUCCAUCAACGGGACAAAUCAUCACCAGCGCUCUCCUCGAUCGAGAGGCUCGGGAGAACUACACUUUGGUGGUGGUGGCCAGCGAUGGGGGCUUCCCCAGGGCUCUCUCCAGUUCCACCAGCGUGCUCGUCUCUGUCGCCGACGUGAAUGACAACCCACCCAAAUUUCAACACCAUCCCUAUGUCACCCACGUCCCAUCGCCUACCGCUUCAGGUAACCGGAUCGUUGGUAGUGCUUGGGAAGCUUCAGAUUGCAUUUGA